AAACCCCGCCUCGUUGGCGACGCCUGUCAGUUCGAAGCGAGAGCGACAGAGAACGUGGCCGCCCGCCCUCUGCGCGCGCCCCCUCCCACCGCUGCCAUAGCAACCCCAGAAGGGCCACUCGAGGGGCGACCGGCGCGCGGGGGGACGUGCCGCCCUUCACGCAGGGCGCGGCGGGGGGGUCGCUCUGGCGGCCGGGCCCGCUUGCCCACUUCCUGGCGGGCUGAGGUGGCGCUGGCUGGACGGGGAAGCCUGAGGUGGGGCUCGGGGCAGAAUACAGGAUCCUAAUGAAGCUUUUCAACUUUACCGUGAGGAACGUGGUUUCUCAAGUAUAUUGCGGGCUUAAAUUUGCUGCAGCCAAAAAAGAAAGGGCAUACUUUGAAAUGUCACGACCCAGUUCAAACAUCGCUGAAUUUCGAGAGAUAUUUGCAAAAGCAAAACAUAUAGCAAUUAUCACAGGGGCUGGAAUCAGUGCAGAGAGCGGCGUUCCAACUUUCCGAGGUGCAGGAGGCUUUUGGAGGAAAUGGCCUGCACAAGAACUGGCUACCCCAGAAGCUUUUGCAAGGAAUCCCUCUAGAGUGUGGGAGUUCUAUCAUUACCGUAGAGAACUAAUGAUGACUAAACAACCAAACCCCGCACACCUUGCCAUAGCAGAGUGUGAGGCUAAGAUAAGCAAGCAAGGCAGGAGCGUUGCGAUCAUCACACAAAACAUUGAUGAACUCCACAAAAGAGCAGGAUCAAAGCAUGUUUUAGAAAUUCAUGGUAGCCUAUUCAAAACACGAUGCACCAGUUGUAGAAACGUGGUGGAGAAUUACAACAGUCCAAUCUGUCCUGCUUUAGCUGGAAAAGGCGCUCCAGAUCCUGAAAUGGAAGAAGUUACUAUUCCUGUGGGAGAUCUCCCUCGAUGCGAACUCUGCAAAGGCCUCUUGCGACCUCAUGUUGUAUGGUUUGGAGAAACUCUGGAUUCUAAUAUCCUUACAGAGGUUGAAAAAGAACUUGAGAUAUGUGAUCUUUGUUUGGUGAUUGGAACUUCUUCUGUAGUAUAUCCUGCUGCUAUGUUUGCUCCUCAGGUAUCUGCCAGGGGAGUGCCAGUUGCAGAAUUCAACAUGCAAAGCACUCCGGCAACAGAUAAGUUCAGAUUCCAUUUCUCAGGUCCUUGUGGUACUACGCUGCCCCCAGCCCUUGCCUCUGAAGAAACUGAGACCACCUCUUGAAUAUUUAUGAGAAGUAAGAAAGAAAAAGAAAACUAUAAUUGCCCAUUUCACUAAUGGUGCAGAUGUGUGGUUCUCCUGUGGAAAACGCCUUGCCUGAAACUGAACAAUGGAAUGUCAAGAUUACAGUGAACAAAAUAAAUCAUGAUUCUCAGAUGACAAGAAUGAGGAGUGGAAAAGGAUGAUGGACAAAGACGUGAAAAGUAGUUGUCACUGUUGGGGAAAAAAAAUCAUGUGAAUUGAAAGUAUAAAUAUACAAACUGCCCAAAUAUGGUGAAAAAGAGAUUUGUACUCUUAGAGUUUCAGAUUGUAUCUUUGAUAAAUGGCAAGCAAAAAGAGAAUAUUACAAUUAUUCAUAUUUCACAAAAUUAUUUUCUGAAAACGGGGGUAAAACUGAAAAUGUUAAGAAUAAGCUAGCUUUUAAUAGAGCCUACACUCCAGUAAUUUGCAGAAAAUCAAUAAACAAAAGAAUUCUCUGUUACGAGAUGAAGUGCUCAAGAUUGUAAGCAAUAUAAAAAUAGUAGAUUAACAGCUUCAAUUUACAUAUGGUUGCCUACUUCCAGAGUUGAAUGAAUAUAUGUAUGAACUUUGUUACAGCUUUAAUUCUUUGCUGUUCUAAGGCACUAAAAUAAAUCAAUGCCUUUUUAAUUGAUUAAUAUUGUUUUGUUGAUACAAAGUGAGGCUAUAUUAUGUUAGCAGGUAGCAUACAGUAGACUGAUUUUAUUCUGCCCUCCCUUAUUAGAAAGCACAUUGAAGGGGGAUGAGCUUGAUAUACAAACACUCUAAAGCAGAAGUAGCAAUCUUUUAUCUGCAUCACUUAAUAGGUUCCAUUUGAUAAUUUAAUAUUUAGACUUUGGAUUGAUUAAAAGGAAAACAAUGCUUCUCAGAAGUCUGCUUUGGCUAUAGGAAAGAGCGGAGAGGUAAUGUUUUGCAGCCCCUGGUUACUUGUGAAAAAGCUGCUGUGGAAUGUGGAAAACAAGCAGCAAAGUGGCUUCCUGCCCCUUCCUUCCUCCUCUUAGGAUGCUCCACUGAUUUCUUCCUCAGUGAGCCGUUCUGAAUGCCUGUAAAGUCAUGCAUUUUUAUAGAGAUGCCGUUAGCCACAGUUGUUCCCCUCCCCUUUUUAGCAAUCAUUUUGGCUGCGUGAA